AUGGAUGAUACGGUACGGUCUUUGAUACGUUUUGUUGCACGUGGGUUUUAUUCCCAAGCAUAUGUACUCAUUUUAGAUGCUGUACUCUUACAUUCUGUCCUUUCUGAGGAUGAUAUGAUUUAUCUUCUUGGAAUUCAACGUAAAGAACUUAGAUCAUUUUGUUAUAAAUUAGUUGAAGACCGUUUGUUGGUGUCCCAUGUACAACAAGAAGAGAAUGCACAACAACGUCUCACAAAAAGAACCUAUUAUUUCAUUCAUAUUACUGAAGCAAUUGACUCUAUUAAAUGGAAAGUUCAUUCGAUUGUAAAUGUUAUUAAAGAUGAAAUGUCUAAAUAUGGGAAUCCUCAAGGAUAUGUAUGUCCUCGUUGUGGGAAAAAGGUAUCUCAACUUGAUGCAAUUUCAUUAUUGUCAGAUGAUAAAACAAAUUUUGUUUGUGAUAAUUGUGGAGGUAUAUUAAUUGAAGAUGAUUCAAGUCAACAAGCAUCUAUUCGACAAGCUAAAUUAGAAAAGCUUAUGGUACAAGUGGAUCCAAUAAUUUCAUAUUUGAAGAAAAUUGAUGAUAGAUACAUUGAAGAUAAUUCAUUUGAAUCUUCUUUAGAGAAGGCUAUUCCAGCUCAAGCAUCUACUACUGCCUCAUAUUCUGUCAGUACUGCUAGAAGAUCAAAUGUCCAAUUUGCUCAAGCAAACUCAUCUGCCAAAUCACAAGCAACCCUUCAUGUUUCCAUUACUGCUAAUGAUGAAAAUUACGAAAGGGAACAACAAGAAAAGGAAGAAAGAAGACAAAAAUUGGAACAAAAUGCAUUACCAUCUUGGCACUCGGAAAGUACCGUUGGAAAAUCGGUGUUGGGACGUUUGGAUGAUGAAGAUGCAAUUACAGGAGAUGAAUCAAUUGAAAGUACUCCAAUGGUUAAGAUUGAGGAAGAAAAUAAUGAUCCAGCAACAACUAACACAAGUAACAGUACUACCCCUGCAGAAAUCACCAAUAAUACUGUUGAAGAACCUCAAAAGACAGAUAAAGAAAAAGAAGCACAAGAUGCCCUUACCGCCUAUUAUGCCCAAUUGGCAGAAAGAGAAGCCGAUGAUGAUGAUGAAGAUGAUGAUGAUGAAGACGAUUUCGAUGAUUUUGAAGAUGUAUAA